CACCGGGCGAUAGCACUCUAUAGUGUGCCGGACACACCUGGAGAACACGGACCAGAGGUAUCGAAGUGAACAGUGAGUGCAAUGAAGCGUAACCUGGUGUCGUUGGUGCUGCCGGGGGCAGUGAUGCUGUCCCUGGUGCUGCUGCAAACGGCUCCCGUGCAGGGUGACCGGUUGCAACCGAAAGGAUACCGUGAAACGGUCGAAAAGCUCCAAAAGUUUUACGUUCAGUUCGAGGACAAAGUGUCGCGGGAAUUCCGCCGCUGGAAGGAGGAAGGCACUAUGUCGCAGCACUUCCGACAACUGAUCCAAGCGUCCGCUAUUAGCAAGCAUGAACGGGCGCAGGAAAUUCGCGAGCUACCGACGGCCCGGGAAGGUCCACUGUGCACGAUCUGUCGUGGGUUUGGUGGAUCGGUACUGGAGUUCCGUCGUGAAGGUGCCUCGCGGGAGGAAGUGUUCAACACGACGGUAGAGCUUUGCACCAUGCUCAAUCUGCAGGAGGAAUCUAUCUGCCGCGGACUCAUCGAGCUAAACAUUGAUCCUCUCCUGUACAUUGUGGAUAACCGGCCCGAUCUAACGUCCGCUUCGUUGUGCGCCGUUGUCUUCCAAUCGGGUGCGUGCGUACUGGACGAUCCUACCUUCACCGAGUGGGAAGUGGAUGUCGAUCCGAACGGAACCCCAGUGACCGCUUCAAAGACCGGCGCUGCUCAGCGCGGUCCGAAUGAUCUGAAGAUCGUCCAGAUCACGGAUCUCCAUUUCGAUCCGAACUACCGCACGGGCUAUAAUGCGGAGUGUGGUGCACCUGCUUGCUGCCGUGAGUCUCAGGGCGUACCGGAUGAUGCGGCAGCGGGUGCCGGCCACUGGGGUGAUUAUCGCAGCUGUGACACACCGUGGAACGCGGUCGAAGAUUUGAUUGAUCGCGUUGCGGAAGAACAUUCCGAUGCGGACUUUGUCUAUCACACCGGUGACAUCAUCGAUCACGGUAUCUGGGAGACCUCGAUCGGGUACAAUGUGCGGUCGAUCAGUCGCGUCAUUGGAAAGCUGCGGGAAACGUUCCCGGAAACGCCGGUGUACAACAUUCUGGGCAACCAUGAGGCACACCCAACGAACGUGUACGAACUGGGAGAGAUUAGCCGGCCGGACUUUUCCACCAACUGGCUGUACCAUCUGUCUGCCGACCUUUGGAGCCACUGGUUGCCACGGGCAGCGGAGCAAACGAUCCGGCUCGGCGGGUACUACACGGCCCUGGUACGACCCGGAUUCCGAGUGAUCGCUCUCAACAACAACGAUUGCUACACGUUCAACUGGUGGAUCCUCUACCAACCGGACGCGCUGAAGGAACAGCUGCAGUGGUUGCACGAUGUCCUGCUGCAGGCAGAACGGGCCGGCGAGAAGGUACACAUCCUGGCCCAUCUUCCCAUCUCGUCCGACUGUUUCAGCGUGUGGCAGCGUGAGUAUCGACGCAUUUUGGAACGCUUCCGCGAUACGAUCAGCGCCCAGUUCCACGGGCACACGCACAAGGACGAGUUUAAUGUGUUUUAUGCGAGCGAAAAUCCCGAGUAUGCGGUCGGUGUGGCAUGGAACGGUGGAAGUGGUACGACGCACACGAACGUUAACCCCAACUACGUCGUGUACUACGUCAAUCCGGAGACUUAUGAAGUAACGGACUUUGAGUCGUACGCGUACAAUCUAACGUCCGCGAACUUGACACCGGACCAACGUCCCGACUGGUUCCGGAUGUACUCGUUCCAGGAGGAAUACGGUCUCGCCAAUCUCAGCCCAGCCGGUGUGGAUGAGCUCAUUCGACGAUUGGGAACACCGGCCGGACGGGACGAUCUGCGCCGCUACUGGGAGUACAAGGUGAAGCUGGGGGAUGCAUCGCUUGCCAACGACUGUACGGAGGACUGCCUGCUGAACCAUCUGUGCGAGAUCGUCACCAACCAGGCAGAUGACUUGCGGAAGUGCCAGGAACUGUCCGAAACAUUCUUCGACUGAGGAUACUAUUCACGCCCGUGACUACGUUUUAUAAACGUAGUGCCAAAAAGGAAAAUAUCAACUAAAAAUAUUGAUUAUGAAAAAGA